ACUGUUACACUCAGUCAGUUUGUUCCGUCAAUGUCUAUUUUACGGAUCAUUCGGAUCAGGACGACUGCUGAAGGACAAUGGAAGGGACCGAGAGGUCUAACAGCUGUGAUCCAGACACAGCAGACUGUGAUGGCAGCAGUGGGAGACAAAGCCUCUUUACACUGUCAGCUCAUGGAAACUAAAGAUGUCCUUCAAGUCACGUGGCAGAAGAUCUCACCUAGAGGAGAUGCUAAUGUUGCCACCUACAACAAACACUUUGGCGAACGUGUGAAUCCUGGCUUCAAAGAUAAAGUAGAGUUUGAAGAUGCUGGACUUCAGAACUGCUCCAUAGUCAUCAAUAAUGUGACGGAGCAGGAUGAAGCCUGCUAUCUCUGUUUGUUCAACUCCUACCCUGAAGGAGCUCUGACAGGAAGAACAUGUCUCCAAGUUUACGAGCUGCAUCAACCUGUUGUACAUGUCAGAGAAUCAAACUCUACUGGAGAGGUAGUUGUGUCCUGUUCAGCCACAGGUCGACCUGCUCCCACUGUAACACUGAGAGCUACACAAGCAGGCCGCAACUUGACUGACUACGACAGCGUCAGCGUGUCCAACACCAACGGUACAGUCACUGUCACCACUACAGCUGUGCUGUCAGCUCUCCAUGUAAACAGCACACAGGUUGGAUGUAGAGUUGGAGUGCUCUCUGGUCCUCAGAUAGAGGUGUUGGAGACCAUUCCUGGGCUCAAACCCACGUCUGCUGAUGGUUUAGAUGAUCAAUCUGGAUCUGGUCACAGAGAUAUCAACUUCGCUUGGAUCUUUAUACUGUUUGUAUUGUUUGUGGUGGCCUAUGGUUUUGCUGCAUUCAGCAUUUUCCGUCUUAAACAAAGAAAAUUGAGUAGGUCAGACAGAGACUUUGAGAAGCUUGACACUACAAUCAAAGACACUCAGAGGAAGACAUUUAUACAGCUUAGUCCCUGUAUUGCUGCUGAUCAUCAGUGUUGCUGCAGUGAUCGUUGUCUGGUUCAGAAGAGAAACUCAUACCAGUUUGACACACAAGGAGCCUCAGAGGGAUGAGAUGCCAGAAAACACUCUGAAGGCUGAAUCAUCUUCGCUGACACAUGAGAACAUGGAGCUGAGAAAACGGACACCUCCUGAGAGACGUCAACCAAACAGCAACUCAAAUUCACCUUCAGCACCAGCAAGGUUUGUUUUGGAUUAGUGUUGACCCUCAGUUGGACGAGUGGACAACUGGUCUCCGGCUGGUGAAUCUGGGAAUGAAGCCACUGUUUCACUCAGUCAGUUUGUUCAGUCAAUGUUUAUUCUACGGAUCAUUCGGAUCAGGACGACUGCUGAAGGACAAUGGAAGGGACCGAGAGGUAGGAAUCACAAACAAGGCAGCUCAAACGAUUAUUUUUUUUUGUACAUGUCAUGUUUAUACUUGUGUGUUAAUAUUGUUUUGGGUUUGGUUUUGGUUGAAGACUCCUUUUGUUUCUUCAUUUAUCUUCAGCUUCCUCAACAUCUUUUUCUUGGUUUCAUUUUUGAAUCUGUCAGCUCGGCUUUAAUUCCAGUCUUAGUUGCCUCUUUAUGUUUUGGCCAUGUUAUUUUACUUUUUAUACUUCGCUCCUUCUUCUGUUUGACCUGCAACGCUAACAAAAGUAACCCAUGAGGAGGGGUGGUAGGUUUUGCGUUACUACUGGAACUCAACGGGGCAACUGUUUACAUUUUUAACUAAGAAUCUCUCCGUACAUGUGAGGCCUUAAUGUUUUCACAUUGUCCGUCCCUAGCUUUCUGUAUUUCUGGAACGACUCAUAGGUACUUCUUCGUAUGUGGCUUGAACUUCAAACCUUGGACUCACGGAUGGAGUGAUUAAAUAUGUUUUACUAAAGUCGCAGACCUCACAAAACAAAUUUCUAAACAUCUGUUUCAUUCAUAUGUACUACAACACAUCUAUCUGCUGUACUGCAUCUUGUUUGUGGGAGGAUAUGACGAGGGUUACCCAUCACUAAAAGCCCUUUCGUCACCUCUUCUCAAACCUUCUAAUGAAACAAUACACGCUGCUAUCACAUUUUCUCCUCAUCAAAUAAACUCUAAUGUGAUCGAAUGAAAAACUGUAAAAGUGUGAAUAAUGAGCCAGAUAAAUAUCCAAUGUUCCUAUCGAGGACACAGGAUUGAAGUGUACUUCCUGUUGAGCUUGAACAGGUGCAACAUGAGUGACACUAGUUCAUGAUGAGGGUGUUUCUUACUUUUAAACCUGGAAACAAAGAAGUGUUAAAUAAUGAGAUUUGUGUUGGGAGACUUAGGAUGUCUGAGUGAGACAAAGUGUGCCGUGUGUCUACACUGAAAAACAAAAUAGUUAUGAUUGCUUUUUUGAGCUAUAUGUUUUUUAAGGCUUGAUUUUUUUUCAUUAUGUGUCGGUUUUGUUUUGUGCAACUGGAGUGUCACCCGUGUCUUGUUUCCCAGUUAGUUCUGCAGGUGUGUAUACACAGCCCUGUCUCUCACUUUGUCUUAGACUGAUUUUUGUUGGCAUUCGGUAUAAACAUCACAGAUGCUAUUGCAGAACGACAUAUUGACGCACUGCUCGUAAUAAAAUAACAGAAUAAAAACUCAGGGUGUGUGAUGGUGACAAAUUUGAAGUAAAUACGAAGAUGUUUGUUACAAUUUUUUUUUUUUACUGUUACUGUUUUUGUUUUUACUUGGAAUUUUACAACAAAAUAGCAAUAAAUUAUUUUAAGUAAAGCAAUAAAAAUUGAAGUAUUGA